AUGCCAUACAUGAUGCCAAAAACUAUCACUUUGUAUAUCUAUCUAUCUAUCUAUCUAUCUAUCUAUCUACAUCAUUCUGAAUCUAUCUAUCUAUCUAUCUAUCUAUCUAUCUAUCUAUCUAUCUAUCUAUCUAUCUAUGUCAGUCUGAAUCAAUCUAUCUAUCUACGUAUUUCUGAAACUAUCUAUCUAUCUAUCUACAUCAUUCUGAAUCUAUCUAUCUAUCUAUCUAUCUAUCUAUCUAUUUACAAUCGAUCUAUCUAUCUAUCUAUCUAUCUAUCUCAUUCUGAAUCUAUCUAUCUACGUCAUCUGAAUCAAUCUAUCUAUCUACGUCUUUCUGAAUCUAUCUAUCUAUCUAUCUACAUCAUUCUGAAUCUAUCUAUCUAUCUAUCUAUUUACAAUCGAUCUAUCUAUCUAUCUAUCUAUCUAUCUAUCUAUCUAUCUAUCUAUCUAUCUAUCUAUCUAUCUACUCUGAAUCAAUUUAUCUACGUCUUUCUGAAUCUAUCUAUCUAUCUAUCUAUCUAUCUAUCUAUCUAUCUAUCUAUCUACAUCAUACUGAAUGAAGCUAUCUAUCUGUUUAGUCUGAAUCUAUCUAUCUACGUCAUUCUGAAUCAAGCAAUCAAUCAAUCUAUCUAUCUCAUUCUGAAUCUAUCUAUCUACGUCAGUCUUUAUGAAUCUAUCUAUCUAUCUAUCUAUUAUAUCAGUCUGAAUCUAUCUAUCUAUCUAUCUAUCUAUCUAUCUAUCUAUCUAUCUAUCGUGCCUUCUAGGUCUUACGUUUUCCUAUGCCAUGAAGUGGAAAGAUGA